UAUAAAUGUUACGGUCAAUGUUAGGGAAUGGGGAAGUGUAUGUCAUUGGCCGGCCAAUGUUGACCGUGGCCGGGCGUUUCGGCCGAAGAUGUCAUUGGCCGGCCAAUGUACUGUUUGGCCGAUGGGUGACGGCCAAUGUUGGAUCUGUUAUCAUUUAUCAAUUGAACGUGAGAGAGUUGAGUCAGAAGAUGAUGGGUUCUAUAAAUUUAGGAACAGAGCAUGGAAUCCUAAAGUCACUGUACACAAGAUCGCAAUUUACUGUUCGUCACGCAGAUCUCAUCUCUCUUUCUGAUGUUCCUAAUAAAGAGGUCAGUCUCCGCGAAGCAGCAACCACUAAUUCGGUUUCGGGAGGCCAGGGAUUCAAACGAUGCAACUGCCGGCAAAAGUGCACAAACAACCGAUGUGCUUGUCGAGCCGCUGGACUGCUCUGUAACUCCAAGUGCCACAAGAGUGAGGCGUGCACCAACAAAUAAGGUAAAUUAAAACUCAACGUUGCUUCUUGAAAUAAUUAUUACAGCUGUGGGAUAAAAAAAACAAAAACGAAAA